UGCGUCCCCUGACAGUCCUCCUCUCGUUUCUUAAUGCCGCAGUCCUCCUUUUUCUUCUUCUUUCUCGUUUCUUGACCUACACUCCUUCCUUCUUCUUUCUCCUUCUCCUUCUUUCUCCAUCUUCUUUCUUCUUCCUCCUCCUUGUUCUUCUUCGUCUAUCUCCUUAGAUCAUCAUGGUGAGGCCGUGCGAGAGCAGCAGCAACGCAGGCAAGGAGAAAGUGAAGGCAGGUGCACCUAAAGAUAAGCCACCGUUCGAGGCCCAACCAAAUGAGAAGCAUCAGGCGUUGCUGAAGGAGAACAUCAUGUAUAAGUGGAUAGUGCAAGGGCAGGCAGCGGAGCCGAAGGGGUACGACCUGUAUUGGGUCCGCUGGAAGCUUUACAACCAGCAGUUCACGACGUCCUCUACCGGGGCGAUGGAGCACUUCCUGCGGAAGGGGAAGCCGUGUCCAUACAGGAAUGGGGAGAUCCUGCAUCUAAUGGCGCUAAGGGGAGGGAAGAUUGAGGGGGAGGCUGCAAAGAAGAUGCUCCAUGAGUAUCGUGCGCAAAAAGGGAUUGCAGAGGACACUGGGAUGGAGCCGACUGCUGCAUGGCCAAGAGGCAAAUCAGAUGAGAUGGAGGAGCAUCUCAAGCCGCUGCCUCUGGUUGAAGGGCAAACAGCGGCAGGAAUGACUGUUGACGACACACAAGACAAAACGGUCCCUCCAACAGUGGGCCCAUCCUUCCAAGCCUCCACAUCUGGGUCAAUGUCGACAAGAACCACACAGAUCUCGAUCCGGAAGUGGGCCGAGAACACAACUCAAAAGAGGUCGGACACCCACUGGGGGAGGGCAUUGUUCAGGUCUGGGGUCCCUUUCAAUUUCGUCAGACAAGAUGAGACACGCGCCCUCCAUAAGUUGUACAUGGAAUUGGGGGCCACCAAGGCGAAGGUGGACAUGCCGAAGUUUGAGACAGUCCGCACUGCCAUUUUGGAUCUUGUGUAUGACCAGGUCAAGCAGGAAGUGCGACCCGUGAUGGACAAGUGGGACAUUUCAGGUUGCACACUCAUCGCUGCCGACACAACUGAUCGAAGACGGAGACCUGUCAUCAAUUUCAUAGGCGCUGGGGAAGGAGGGGCAGUGCUGAUCAAGGUGAUAGACAUGAGCCAUAGGAAGACAAACGCGGCUGCCAUUGCCCAGUUGUGGGAGGAGGUAAUCCGGGAGAUCGGGGUCCAUAGGUUGAAUGCCAUUUGCACGGACAAUGCACAAGUGAACAAGAGGGCAGCGAGGAUCCUAUCUCUCCACAAGGAUCCUGACAUUGCGAGGAUCCCUUGGGUCCCCUGUGCUGCACACACCUUGAGUUUGCUGCUGAAGGGUAUCGCGAAGCUCCCGUGGGUUGCGAAGAUUGUGAAGAGGGCGAAGUUGAUGGUCAAACUCCUCAUCAAGCGAAGAGGAGCUCAUUUGGAGUGGGAAGAGGAAGGAACAACCGUGGCAAUGGACAGAGAAGACGAUGAGGUGGAUGAGGUGGAUGAGGAGGUGUAUGGGGAUGUUGAUGAUGAUGAUGACCCGGACUAUGCGUUCUGCAGUCGCGGGAGCGGGCUUAGUAUGGCUCCACCAGUAGAUCGGAUCGUGGGCCGAGAGGAGAAGCAGCAGCAGAAAGAGCAGCAACAACAAGGGCAGCAGCAGCAUGAGCAACACGAAGACCAGCAGCGGCACGAGGAGCAGCACGAAGAGCACCAGCAGCAGCAGCAAAAACAACAAGAGGAGGAGCAGCAGCAGCAAGAGAACCAGCAACUCGAAGCGCAGCAGCGGCAGCAGCAGCAGCAGCAAGAGGACAAGCAGUACCAAGUGGAGCAGCAGCGCCAGGAGCCACAACAGCAAGACGAAAGGGAGCAGCAGCAGCAGCGGCAAGACGACCGGGAGCAGCAGCAAGACGACCGGGGGCAGCAGCAGCAAGACAAGCAGCAACAGGAGCAGCAGCAAGAGGAUCAGCAGAAGCAGCAGGAACAGCAACAACAGCUUAAGCUGCAGCAGCUGCAGCAGCCCUUGCAGCAGCAACCACAAGACAUCAACCACAAGACAUCCUGCAUCAACCGCUCAUCCUCCACCCCGCGAGUUGUCCUCCUCCAUUUCCCCACUUGGACGAGAGGUUCGUCCAUGACAACCUGGAGAUCAGCAGGGCAGGGAGGACGCGGAAGACCGACAUCGAACCUGCUGUUGAUCCACCGGUGAAGCGUGGGAGGGGACGACCAAGGGAAACUGACACAAACACUGCAAAAUAUGUCCCCGCUGCACCACUUCCACCAUCAACACGUCCAAGGUGCAUGGGCGAACACG